AUGUUUGGAAUCGUACUCUUACUUACAAUUUUGGUGUUCAAAAUUUUAGCCCUAGAAGUAAGUGGUUUGUCCAAUGAGAAGGAAAAUGAUAUUGCAACGAUUGAAGUAAUUGGCAACAAGUUUUUUUAUUCCAAUACUGAUGAACAAUUCUUUAUGAAAGGAAUUGCAUACCAACCAAGUCGCAGUUUAAGUGAAUUAGAAGACACCACGGAGAGUUUUGAAACAAAAUAUAUUGACCCUCUCAGCAAUCCAAAGACGUGUCUAAGAGAUAUACACUAUCUAAAAAAGCUUCAUAUUAAUACCAUUCGAGUUUACUCUAUUGAUCCCCUUAAAAACCACGAUGAUUGUAUGAAUGCUUUAGCGAAUGAAGGAAUUUAUGUCCUAGUGGAUUUGGCGGAGCCUGAUAUUUCUAUUGUGAGAGACACACCAACCUGGGAUGUCACAUUAUUAACAAGAUACCAAAAUGUAGUUGAUGCAAUGAAUAAAUAUACCAAUGUUCUUGGUUUCUUUGCAGGUAAUGAAGUCAACAACAGUCGGAAUAACACAUUUGCUUCUCCCUUUGUAAAAGCUGCAAUCAGAGAUAUUAAACAAUAUAUAAAGGAAAAGGAAUACAGACAAAUCCCAGUUGGAUAUUCUUCGAAUGAUGACUCAGAGACAAGAGAUAAUUUGGCAAAGUAUUUUGUAUGCGACGAACAUAAAGCGGAUUUCUAUGGAAUAAAUAUGUAUGAAUGGUGUGGUUAUUCCUCCUAUGGUACAAGUGGUUACAGAGAACGCACAAAAGAAUUUGAAAGCUAUCCGGUACCAGUUUUUUUCUCAGAAUUUGGUUGUAAUCUGGUCAGACCACGUCCUUUUACUGAAAUUGGUGCAAUUUAUGGGUCAAGAAUGUCCCAGGUUUGGUCUGGGGGGCUUGUAUACAUGUAUUUCGAAGAAGAAAAUAAUUACGGUGUGGUUAAACUAAAUGAUGAGGGUGAUAUUGAAAUUUUAGAUGACUUUAGGUAUUUGGAAAAAGAGUUUUCCAAAGUGGAAACAAAGGGAGUUACUAGGACAGAAUAUUUGAAAACUGAUCAUAAGAUCUCAAACAUUGAGUGUCCACCAGCGGAAAUAGGCACAGAUUGGGAGGCAAGUACAAAUUUACCACCAACCCCUGAUCUUUUGAAAUGCUCUUGCCUCGAUGAAGUUCCUUGUUUGGUUUUACCAACUGAAGAUUCCAGCGCCUACGACUAUUUAUUUGAUCAUGUCUGCAGUCAAGUUGAUUGUACAGACGUAAUGGCGGAUGGAAGAACUGGCAAAUAUGGAAUAUAUUCGGACUGUUCCACAAUUCAAAAACUCAGCUUGGAAAUAAGUAAAAUAUAUUUCCAAAAUGACGCUACGGCAAUCGUUUGUCCAAUUGAAAAUAACCUUGUUUAUUUCAACUCACAGAGCUUAGAGAAACAACCACAAAAGCAAUGCAAAAAAGCAUUUGAAACAAUUAAGAAGAAAUUGAAAAAUGAACCUACUAACAGAGAAAAAGAAAGUUUAUCAAACAAAGAAACAAAUCCCUCCGAUACAUCAAAAGAAAAGAAUUCUUCGGCAUCAAUAAUAAACAAACCAGAAUUGGUUUUGUUGGUUAUACUAAUAAUUUUGUCUACUUUUCUUUUUUAA